AUGAAAAGCUUUUUCAGAGUUCACUACAUGCAGAUGGUGAUGCUGCUGAUCGCUGCUGUGGCCUCGGCCCUGGAUGCGAGUGAGAGGAGCUCCAUAGAAAGUACUUAUGAGCUGACCAAGUACCUGGAGUAUCAACUGAAAGAGAUCAAAGACGUAUAUCUCACAUACCUGGGGCCUCCAUUUAACGAGAAAGACUUCUCCCCUCCACGGCCCAACAGCACUGCCCUGUCCCUGCCCAGCGCUGCCACUCGCCUGGAGCUUUGGCACGGACUGGAGAACCAGGCGCGGCUGGCUCAAAACCAGAAGGCUUACUCUAUUCUUUUGGCGGCCGUGAGGGAGCUCGCUCGGUCAACUCUCUGUCCCUCUCUCAAAACCUCAUUGUUACACUUCUGCACAGGGCUGGACGGCCUGCUGGGGUCUAUAUCAGCACUCAUGACCACACUGGGGUAUGCACUACCAGCUGCAUCUGCAAACAUGAGGAUGAUCAGCACCAGCGAUAUGGCAAGGGGAAGGGACCGACCUGCCCCCCUCAUGAGCCCAGAUUCUUACCAAUCCAAGACUAGGGCAGAGUAUGGUCAGCGCGGAAACCCGAGGCGGACAAGGACAAGGGUCGUUAGGGGCGACGACAAAGAUUCCGGCGACUUAACAAACGCAAAGAGUGGAACCAGGAGAGCGGAGAUGCCCGGAGGAAGGACCGACGGAUCAAAAGAGAGAGGCCGACGGCGUGGAAAAAGGGAGGAUACAGAGACAUUUGGAUGGGACCUUGAGAAAGGUUCCCAAACCACAGGGGGCAUGAAGAGAAAGCUGCUGAGUCUGAGUGAGGAGCAAGACUUCAGCAUGUCAGCACCCGGUACGAUUCAAGCGGUCAACUCAAAUAGUGACAAUGCAUUCAGUUUGGACCUCCACGCUGCAUAUGGGGACACGAUUAGAAAGGAAGAUGGUGCAAUUGGAGACACAGAAUAUUCUGUCAUUGAGGCGAGCAGUGCUGUGUCGACUUCUUCAAAAAUCCACAGGUCUCCUCGCUCGCUCCUUCCGUCAACAAUCCCGCCUCCUCUUUCGACCCUCUCUCUGCUGUACGAGUUUGGGACCGGAGAGGAGCACACUCUACUCCCGCAGCCGGUGCCGCUGUCUUUACGGAAAGACCUUUACUCGCAUCCUCUGCAGUCACCUCCUCCCUUGUCUUCUCUAUCGGUACGACCCUCGAUGAAUGACUUUGCCCGGAAAGUAGAGGGUUUUUGGAUACUGCGUGAACUGCAGAGCUGGUUGUGGCGGUCUGCUAAGGACUUUAAUCGCCUCAAAAAGAGACUCUGA